CGGACAGUGGAGUCACGGACAGACACGUUGUACUGUAGAUACACAAUAAAGAGAGCAAGGUCAUUCAAUUUGCAUCAAUAAGUGCAGACGGUCUGCAUUCUUUGAACCCACAUCGUUCCAAGCCAACGGCAGUGAGUCAGCCAGCUGUUCUCAAUCGAGCAAGACCGCGGUAGCAACAACUAAGCUCAUUUUCGACGAAACCAUUCUACGUAAAACAGUGAUGACGAAUCGGAACGUGAGUGCUCACGACAAGCGCCUAAGUAGCCGUACUCCGCUCGAGUAGCAUAUCAUUUCUCUGAUGUGCACAUCCAUUUAGAGAAAGGGAGAGAAAACAACAUUUAAUGCCGAGUAACGUUCGCCUCCCGACACACGUCACGCCUUUUUUUCUUUUUCUUUUUACAGUUGAAAACGAGAGCGUGCAAACUCCCCAACCGGAACAGUGAAAUUAAAUCUCCUUUGACCUGAUUCAUUGCUUUUCCCAGUGAGGGGAAAUACCGUUCGAUGGUGGACAGACACUGACGCAGCAAAACCAAUUUAGAAAUCAAUUGCACAAACGUACUGGAAAACACCCGAGUAUCAACGGGGUAGAACGGACGACGUGUGUUCGGGUUUUUUUCCCACGAGAAUUCGACACGUCCAGCUGAACAGCGUAUGCCCAUCAGGUAAGAAACUAGAAAAAAGUUUUUUUUUUUGGAACGUGAUGGUCAAAAGUACAACCAAACUGACGUCAAUGAACUGUUUGAUGAACCUAACCACGUCCUGUAAAUUCUCAAAUGGGACAUUUGACAACGAAACAGAGCCAAAUUUCGCAUGCAGCUAAGAAACGCUAUGGCCGGCCUAGAAACUAUUAAAACGAGACAUAAUGGCAGAGGUUGAUUAAAAUCGACCUUGAUGUACGUAGCGAAAUGAUUCGGCAAGUUAGAGUCGCAUUCGGCGGACCGUAACGAUGACAUCAACUGGGUCGUCGAGACUCCCUAAUACGUCCUUCAAUUUCAAUCGCAUCGGUCGGCAGACGACCAAUGUCAUUUCCGCCAAAAAAUGCUGGAUCCUCAUUUGUAUGAACCACCCCUAUUUAGAGCUGACCAAUUAUUCGCAGGUUACGGGGCUUUCCUUCCACUCAAUUUUUGUUUUUAUUUUUCCUCAUUUCCUUCACCUUCAGCCCGCCAGACGUUCUAACUAGAUUUUUGCUAGUUGACGAAGCCAAUUUCUUUUGGGAUUUGACUUACAUACAGAAAUGGCGUUUAAUGAGUCGCAAAUAAUGAGAAACGUUCAACAUAAAAAUAAAAACAGCACGAGCCAACAUUAGAAUCGAGAUCAUCGAAAGAAGAAAGAAGCGCUUUACGUCACGAAGAACGCAAGCGCCACUUGGUGGCAACCGCAAGAAACCUGUUCCGAUAGAAGAAGUAAAAAAAUAAAAUAAAAAUCCCAAGGAGACGGAGGUGCACGCAUAGUUAAAAUAGUAAACAAACUGCUGCCGUGGCGAGCGGCCUUCGACUUGUUUCAUUCGUCUGCCACGUCUUCAAAUCUCUUGCCGCCACAGUCAUUUCGUUGUCUCUGCCCGUAUCCAGUGCAUUCAGAUCAUGGUGGUCCUAGGGAGAACAGCCAAGAUAGUUUUGGGCUCUGGAGCUCUGCUUUUGCUGCUGUGGGUUACCCUCCUAGUCUUCAGUGCUAAUUCGAUUGAUGAAUCUUCACCACCAUCUUCACAACCUCUCAAAGAUGUGAAAAAACAGCCUCAUGCAACGAAGAAGAAGAAGAAAACACAAGAGAAGGAACCAGAUACACCAUGGAGGAAGUACAAUCUAAAAGAGCUGGUUAUCCCUGAAAGUGCCAAACAAGCUGCUAAAAACAUCACACCUGUCCCUCUGCCACUGUCUGUCAGGAGAAUUGAAACACAUUCUAUUGUGGUAAAUCCCCCAGAGGUAAAAUCAAAACUGACCUUUGUCUUCCUGCAUGGAGCAGCAUUUAAAUCCCAAGAUUGGGCUGAUCUGGGUACUCUAGGGCUCCUGGGUGCUCUAGGGUACAAGUCCAUAGCUGUAGAUCUUCCAGGAUUUGGUAAAACUACAACUACUCUGGAUGGCAUUAGAGACAACUAUGUCAAUAAAGUGGACUACAUGACAACUUUGAUGAAAGAACUCCAGCUCAAAGAAAAACAGAUUGUUUUGGUCAGUCCGUCAAUGAGUGGCAAUUACGCUCUCCCUUAUAUUCUUACCCAUCCAGAAAUGGUGGCCGGCUUUGUUGUCAUUUCCCCAGCUGCAUCUGGCAUAGUGCCACCCAGCAAGGUCAAAGCACUCCAGGUGCCUACCAUGCUCAUUUAUGGAGAUCGAGAUACCUCACUGGGUCCCACGUCUCACCGAGAUCUGAAAACCAUUCCGAAUUUUCAGGCAUUCGUCUUGCCCAAGGCCGGCCACGCUGCCUAUCUCGAUCAACCCGACACUUUCCAUUCGCUUUUGUACAAUUUCGUUAAAAAAAUCGAUGCCCAUCCACGAUGAAUGAACGUCUCACAAGGUGACCUAUAUGGUGAAAAAAAAAUCACGUUUCCUACGAUAAGCUGCCCAUUUUAAACUUGAGGUCACGACUUGGAGAACGUGACCGAUUAAUAUCAAUCAACGAACAGACGAAAUUUGCAGGGUUGUCAUUAUUUGACAGGGGUUUUCGUUUUCAAGAAAAUAAACACAUUUCAAUUAA